CGCUGUCUGUUUGAUCGCAACUUUUCCAGCACCUUCCUCCUUUCCUCCUUUACAUCCUUAACCUUUUCUUUCACAAGGUUCGGAUCUCGAUUUUUCCUUUCACUCUUCAACACUCCCUGAAGAGUUCCUCCGUGCCCAUCGUCUUCAUUCGACAACAGACUCUGACAGCCGCUGCAACUCGGCUAGAUAGUGACGGUUCUCGACAUAACACGUCCCGCGCGCAGCGCAGCUUUCGCGAUGGAGAGCGCAUUCGCCUCGCCCACCGAAAAGGUCCUCUCGACUCUGGGAGUGAACCCCAAGACCGGUCUUACUGAUCAUCAAGUCAUUGCCUCACGCACCAAGCAUGGCAAGAAUGUCAUCCCCGAAGAACCUCCGACACCCAUCUGGGAACUCAUUCUCGAGCAAUUCAAGGACCAACUCGUCAUAAUCCUCCUCGGCUCUGCCGCUGUCUCUUUCGUUCUGGCCCUCUUCGACAACGAGGAAGGUUGGAGCGCCUUCGUCGACCCAGCAGUGAUUCUGACCAUUCUCAUCCUCAACGCCGUCGUCGGUGUCUCACAAGAGAGCAGCGCCGAGAAAGCCAUCGCCGCCCUGCAGGAGUACUCUGCCAACUCUGCCAACGUCAUCCGUAACGGCCAAGUCUCCCGUGUCAAGGCUGAGGAACUCGUCCCCGGUGAUAUCGUCUCCGUCCACAUUGGUGAUCGCAUUCCUGCCGACUGCCGCAUUAUCGCCAUCGAGAGCAACAGCUUCAACGUCGACCAGGCUAUCUUGACUGGAGAGAGUGAGAGUGUUGGCAAGGACUGCGAUCAUGUUGUCAAGGAUGAGAGGGCUGUGUUGCAAGACCAGACCAACAUGCUGUUCUCCGGAACCACUGUUGUUACUGGUCGCGCAAAGGCUGUCGUUGUCUUGACUGGAUCUCAAACUGCUAUUGGCGACAUCCACGAGAGCAUCACCGCCCAGAUCUCCGAGCCCACUCCUCUCAAGCAGAAGCUCAACGACUUCGGCGACAGCCUCGCAAAGGUCAUCACGGUCAUUUGCAUCCUUGUCUGGCUCAUCAACAUCCCUCACUUUAGCGACCCCAGCCACGGAUCCUUCACCAAGGGUGCCAUCUACUACUUGAAGAUCGCCGUCUCUCUCGGUGUUGCCGCUAUCCCCGAAGGUCUCGCCGUUGUCAUCACUACCUGCUUGGCUCUUGGAACUCGCAAGAUGGCCGCAAAGAACGCCGUGGUCAGAAGCUUGCCGUCCGUUGAGACCCUUGGAAGCUGCAGCGUCAUCUGCUCCGACAAGACUGGUACCCUCACCACCAACCAGAUGAGUGUGAGCAAGCUUGUCUACAUCAGCGAGAACGGAUCAGACCUUGUUGAGCACGAUGUUGAAGGCACCACAUUUGCCCCCAAGGGCUCUAUCUCUCUCAGAGGCCAGACGGUUACCGAUCUUACGCGCUCUUCUGCCACUGUCCGCCAGAUGACUGAGGUUGCUGCCGUCUGCAACGAUUCCAAGCUCGCCUAUGAUGCGGCCAAGGGCAACUUCUCCAACGUCGGCGAGCCAACUGAGGGCGCUCUGAGAGUUCUUGUUGAGAAGCUUGGACCGUGUGCGCCUUCCAACAGCAACCCCGAGGACUGUCUCCACUAUGCCAGCUCUCAGUAUGAGAGCCAGUUCCCCCGUCUGUCUACCUACGAAUUCUCUAGAGAUCGCAAGAGCAUGUCCGUCCUUGUUCAGAACGGCCAAGAGAAGAAGCUCCUGGUCAAGGGUGCCCCUGAGUCUGUCCUUGAACGCUGCACUCACACCCUUGUUGGAGCCAACGGAAAGCGCCAGCCUUUGAACAGCAAGCUCGCCGAUUUGAUCGCCAAGGAAGUUGUUGACUAUGGUAACCGUGGUCUCCGUGUUAUUGCCCUUGCCAGCGUCGACAACAUUGGUGAGAACCCCGCCUUGAAGUCAGCCAAGUCUACCGCGCAGUACGCCCAAAUCGAGCAGAACAUGACCUUCCUUGGAUUGGUUGGUAUGCUUGAUCCUCCUCGCCCGGAAGUUGCGGCUUCUAUCCGCCACUGCAAGAACGCUGGAAUUCGUGUCAUCGUCAUCACUGGAGACAACCGCAACACCGCAGAGAGCAUUUGCCGACAGAUUGGUGUCUUUGGCGAGUAUGAAGACCUCAAUGGCAAGAGUUUCACUGGCAGGGAGUUUGAGAACCUGAGCGAAAGCGAGGCAAACGAAGCCGCCAGAAACGCUUCCCUCUUCUCCCGUGUCGAGCCCAGCCACAAGUCCAAGCUUGUCGACCUUCUCCAGCAACAGGGAGAGGUCGUCGCCAUGACUGGCGAUGGUGUCAACGAUGCUCCUGCUCUCAAGAAGGCUGAUAUCGGUGUCGCCAUGGGCUCUGGUACUGAUGUCUCCAAGCUCGCCGCCGAUAUGGUUCUCGCCGAUGAUAACUUUGCUACCAUUGAGGUUGCUAUUGAGGAGGGUCGUUCCAUCUACAACAACACCCAGCAGUUCAUCCGCUACCUGAUUUCCUCCAACAUUGGAGAGGUUGUCUCCAUCUUCCUCACUGCCGCUCUCGGUAUGCCGGAGGCCUUGAUUCCUGUUCAGCUUCUCUGGGUCAACUUGGUCACCGACGGUCUUCCCGCCACCGCGCUCUCUUUCAACCCCCCUGACCACGACAUUAUGAAGCGCCAGCCCAGAAAGCGUGACGAGCCCCUCAUCGGCGGUUGGUUGUUCUUCCGCUACCUGGUCAUCGGCACCUACGUCGGUGUUGCGACUGUUGCUGGCUAUGCUUGGUGGUUCAUGUACAACCCCGAGGGUCCUCAGAUCAGCUUCUACCACCUCUCCCGUUUCCACCGCUGCUCUGCAGACUUCCCCGAGAUCGGAUGCCAGAUGUUCUCCAACAGCUCCGCCAAGUCCGCCUCGACCGUGUCGCUCUCCAUUCUGGUCGUCAUCGAGAUGUUCAACGCCAUGAACGCGCUGUCCUCGAGCGAGUCUCUGCUGUCGCUGCCUCUCUGGGCCAACAUGAAGCUUGUCUACGCCAUCACCCUCUCGAUGGCUCUUCACUUCGCCCUCCUCUACACUCCUUUCCUCCAGAACCUGUUCUCCAUCCUUCCCUUGAACUGGUUGGAGUGGAAGGCGGUCUUGUACAUCAGCGCCCCUGUUAUUCUCAUUGAUGAGGUUCUCAAGGCUGUUGAGAGAUCAUACUUCAGUCAGACGAAGGCGAUCAAGUCUACCAAGGCAAAGAAGGAGAAUUAGAUGGUUAGAGGCCAGCGCAAGCUAGACCAUAGAUCGCUUGUACCAUAGUAGUAGCCCUGGCAACAUUGCACAGAGCUGUACAUAGACCAUAGCAGCCAACGUCCAGACAUAAAAGUCACACAAAUAAGGACGUAAAUCAAGGUCAUUUGUCUAGUUCAUGCAGGCUUCGGUAGCCAUCUCAUAGUGGAUCACGUCCAUCUAUUGGUACA